ACCUCUCAUCUCCGAAAACAUCCGCAGUUUCCGCAGGGUCGCUUCACCGAGAGACCCCAUGGCCCGACUUCCGGGAGCCUGCAUAGUACGCACGCGCGCUCCGAACCCCACGCCCCGCCCUGGCCGGCUGCUACGUCACCGCGUCCUGGAGUCUCCCGGAGACUGGAAAAGCUGGCAUGGCGUAAGUGUGCGCUGGCGGCGUUUCCCGGGCAACGCUCUGUGUGCAGAUGGGCACCUAGCUGUGCCCGGGCUGCGUGGGGCUGCGCCGUCAGCUCCCGCCUUUCCACGCCCGACAGCCCGCGGCGAGCCAGAGGGAACCGGCCCGCCGAGCACAGUGGAACAUCACCCAUACGCUGAGAUGUUUCAUGGAACAAUCACAAAAGAGCUUACCUGUCAUGAAGAGUGGAGUCACUACAAUGACAAUAUAAUAGAAGAUCAGAAAGACUUCGUGUUUGUAAAGUAUAAUGGCCUCCAUCUGAAGUCCAUGGAGAAUCUGCAGUCCUGCAUCUCUCUGAGAGUGUGCAUCUUCUCUAACAACUUCAUUACUGACAUCCAGCCACUGCAGAGCUGCAUAAAGCUCAUCAAACUUGAUCUCCAUGGAAACCAGAUAAAGACUCUCCCAGAUCGGCAUUUCUGGGGUGGACUCAAGAACCUCAAGCUCCUCUACCUCCAUGACAACGGCCUUGCCAAGCUGAAGAACAUCUGUGUGUUAGACGUGUGUGCAAGCCUUGUAGGGCUGACCAUGUUUGACUGCCCGGUGAGUCUGAAGAAAGGCUACAGGCAUGUUCUUGUCAAUAGUAUCUGGCCUCUCAAAGCCCUGGACCAUCACAUUAUAUCUGAUGAAGAAAUCAUUCAGAAUUGGCAUCUUCCGGAGAGAUUUAAGACAUUCAACCACAGGCUAUUCUUUAACCUUUGCCCAGCAUUGAUAAAGGGUACAACUUAUGAGGAUGAAAUUAAAAAUAUCAAGCAGAUAAUUUCAAGGAUUAAUAGGAUUCUGGCUCAUAAUUCACCAGUGUUGAUUGUUCAAAGAUGGAUACGUGGUUUCAUAGUUAGGAAACGCUUGAGCCCCUUUUUUAAACGUAAAAAGCCUAAAGACAAAAUGAUUAGGGUACUUGAAACAAAAUGGAUCUGCAUAGGUAGAAGACAUGAAGACAAAUUCUUGGAGGACAUAUUCCUUCUCAAGCCUGAGUCUCACAUGAAAGGGAAGGUUGCACACUGGAAAAAAAUGAGAUGUACUCCUGCUGACUCUAAAUAUUCUCCGGAGUACAGAAAAUGCAUUUCCUGUCUUUCGUGUGAAUUAAAAACAAAAGAGAUUGACAGAAAAGCAAAAACACCAAGACAUCACAUUCAGAAAGAUGAGAAGGAGUCUAAAGCUGACUCUGAGGAUGAAGAAGUGGACACUGGGUUUAGGAUAUCUGCCAUGAAGAUUCCUUUAUACCCCCCUAGAUCACUCAAGUAUGGUGCGGUGUUGAAGGAGAUGAAAAGAGAUUAUUUCCCAGAUUAUCUUCUGCAGCUUCCUGCCACUCGUCCAAAGCCGGCCAUUCAGAGAGUGACACUGAAGGAGCUGAGGGAAAGGAGAGAGUUUGUAACUUCACGAAUCGCAGGCUUGAAUCUCCACCUUCUUACUGAUCUUGAUAAAUAUCAUUCAGAACAAAAGCGCCAAGAAAAACAAGCAGAAAAAUCCACAGCUGUAAUUAGGGCACAAAUUGCCGAGGAAAGAGCUAGGCUCAGUGUUAGAGAGAAUUUAAGGAGGAACUUGUAUAUGACACAAAAACUAAUAGAAAAGGAUAAUGAGAUGAUCCAGAAAGGCUUACGUCAAGUUUGGAAGGAAAAACUCGCCUACCUUGAAAAAGCUAGAGAGAGGAAAACCAUGUUUCUAGCUGAAAAAAAGCUAAAUGCUGCAGACCAUUCUUUGGUGCAGACCAUCAGCAAUGAGCGGUCCCUUCUGCUCAAAGGAAUCAUUCAAGAUGAAAGAAUGAAGAAAAAUUUAAGUGACUUAAGAGUGAAGCACCUGAAUGUUAAGGAAAAAAGGAAAACACAAAAAUAUAGACAAAGUUUGAUGAGGCAAAUGAAAGAGCUCAGGGCUGAAGAAAUUCGUAGAAGACACUAUGAAGAGAAAUUUGUUAUUGAUACACUCAUCUUUGAAAAAGCCUGUGCAAGACUAGAGGAGGCCAAAGCAAAGGUUGAAUUUAUUAGGACAAAUUAUACCUCUAAGUCUCUUAGGAAAGAGUCAGCAUGAGCCAAUGCCAGCUCACAUCUGAUAACCAUAAAUUGUUGCCACUAUUUUUAUUUAAAAAAUCUUGAAAUAAUACUUAGAAGAUGUGCUCUACACAAGGUGGGUCUGGGUAUAAAUGUGUUCAAGUUGAAAGAGAAGAGGGUUUCAAGUGUUUUUCAUACUGAUUAUAAUGAAAUCUGGCUGACUUUGCACUCAAAGGCUCCUUAUGUAUCCAUGUGCCUGAAAAGGAAUCAAAGCUGUCUGACUUCUUCCAUGCUAAAGUCUUCGAAGACUGUACAGUUCUAUAGGCUUAGAGGAUGAAAAGUUAUGAAGCUAUUUUCAGUUUUUUCUUCUAAUUUCCUUCUUUAUUGCUGAAUUUUAUUAAGAUAUACUUCAAUUACCCAACUUCAUAUUUUAAAUUAUAAUGUAUUUCCUAAUUACCUUAUUAAAACAAUUUCUCAAUUUUGUUUACUUUUCUUUUUCAAAAUACAGGUUUCAUCAAUGUAUUAUUUAUACCCAUAAAGAUUUAGACAAUAUAAAGUAGUUGUUUGGCUUUUUUUAACUCUUUGGAGACCCACCACUGAGUUUCCAAA